AUCUGUUGAGAACAGAGUACUGCAAACAAGCACAGGUGUAUGGACAGCAACUGGAAAAGACUUUUAGCAAACCUGUCAAAGCAACUGUCUUUCUAAAUCCAGCUGCUAGAAAAGGGAAAGCCAAGAAGCUCUUUCAGAAGAAUGCUGCCCCUCUUCUUCAUCUUGCUGGGAUUGAUGUAGAAAUCAUACAGACCUCAAUGGAAGGAGAGGCGAAGGAUUUAGCGGCAUCACUGGUCAAGACGGACAUUGUUAUCAUUGCUGGUGGAGAUGGUACCGUAGCUGAGGUCAUCACUGGACUCCUUAGAAGAGAUGAUGAGAAAGUGGUCAGUUCCAACUGGACAUUGGGUAUUAUACCAGUUGGAGCUACAAAUUCUUUAGCUAGGAUUUUAUAUUCAGAGGCAGAGGCUGAUGUCAGGUGGAUGUGUAAUUCAGCUAUGGCAAUCAUCAAGGGUUCAACCAGACUUGUAGAUGUCAUGUCAAUACAGGAUGAAACUCAUGGACGCAAGUCUUAUGCCGUCAAUAGUAUCCACUGGGGUCCGUUACAAGAUGCCAAGGAAAAAGCCGCAAAAUUUUGGUAUUUUGGACCACUAAAACAUAGAUUCAGCUAUCUAUGGGCAGGAUUAACUAAGGAGUUUCCAGCCCAGGUCAAGGGUCAUGUGUCGUAUGGUCAGCCAAAGGAGAUCCCUGAAGAGGUCAUUCCAGAAAAGCUAUGGUGGUGGACAAGAUUAUUCAAUAGACUCUGGCCCAAGCGUAUAGAACCAGAACCUGUAGUACAUGAUGAUGAAGAAGAGGUAUUGGAAGAAUUGGAUAUUUCUGCAGUGGAAUUAUCUGUUUUGACAGAUAACAGUGGGAACAAGCGAGAGGGAUCACCUGCUUUGCAGCUUAGAAUUGGACCUGAGGAGUUUUCAAGAACAGAUUUCAUGAAAGAAGGUUGGUCUAGAUUACAGGAGGAUAGCAUGGAAACGUUCAAGGUGACUGAUAUUGCUGCAGGAGAAGUACAUCUUAGGCCUAACCUAAAAGAGGCUGAGGAAUCCUGGUAUACCAUUGACAACGAUAGGUUUGAAGCUAUGCCCGUUGUCAUCAAACUUCUUCCAUCCAAGCUACGAUUCUUCACUGAUGCUGCUUUGCCGCAGGAAACCCUUACCAGAUGACACCUGCUAGUCUGAAGUAAUGUUGUACGGACCGUGGGACUAUGCUAUAUAGCUGUACACACAAGUACCCAUGGCCCUGUGCAUCACAUGUGUAAGGGCAAUUCCAGUAUGUACAUCUGAACCCUUUUGUGUGUGAUCAUUCUGAACUGAUCCUUCUUCACCCUGUGCUUCAUAUGAAAGUUCAUGAAGUGAAGUGAAAAAAAAACUGAGAAUUGGAUAUAUAAGGUUGAUUUCCAUGGUUAAGGUUGCUGUUGGGCGAUCACUGAUAUCAUGCAGUUUUAUCUGCAUAAAUGCUAAAACAAACGGUUAUGUAUGAGAACAUACAUUUAUUUACAUGUAUGUGCGUUCAUAGCACCAUCUAGUAAUGGCAUAAAUCUGUAUAAAAACUACAACUCGGCUGAUCAUGAGUUUAACAGAGCUGCCAACUAUUAAGAAAAAGUCAUGAUUUUUACAAUUUUUAGCUCAUCCGGCCCGAAGGGCAAGAUGAGGUUAUGCCGUGGCCUGGCGUCUGUCGUCCAUCCACAAUUUCAAAAUGCUACUUCUUCGCCAUUUCAAGUCCGAUUUCAAUUCUGUUUGCUUUAUAUGAUAGCACUAGGUGGGGGAUUCAAAACUUCUACACAGAAUUUUGAAAUUCAUUAAUUAUGCUAAUUUAUGCACAUUUUUCAAAAUUCACAAAAAAUGCUUCUUUAUUUGUUGACCGAUUUUGAAUUUUUUGCUUCCAUCUGGUAGAGCUUUAUGAGGUUCACCAAACUCUACACAGAAUUUCGAAAUUUUGACUAGAACAAUUUUUAGGCUAAUUUAUGCGAAAUUAAUUUAUUCAUAUUUUUAAAAAUUCACCUAAAAUGCUUUUUCUUCUUUAAUUGUUGACCGAUUUUGAUUUUUUUUCUUCCAUCUGGUUGAACUUCAUGAGGUUCACCAUACUUUUACACAGAAUUUUGAAAUUUUCAGUAGAAAAUUAUUUAUGCUAAUUUAUGCGAAAUUUAUUCAGAAAUCACAGAAAAUGCCUCUUCUUUAUUUGUUGACCGAUUUUGAUUUUUUUUCUUCCACCUGGUAGAACUUCAUGAGGUUCACCAAACUUCUACACAGAAUUUUGAAAUUAUUUAGUAUAAAAUUAUUUAUGCUAAUUUUGCGAAAUUUAUUCAUAAAUCCCAGAAAAUGCCUCUUCGUCUUUAUUUGUUGACAUAUUUUGAUUUUUUUUCUUCCAUCUGGUAGAGCUGCAUGAGCUUCACCAAACUUGUACACAAAAUUUUGAAAUUUUCUCUGGAAAAUUAUUUUUGCUAAUUUAUGCAAAAUUUAUUUAUAAAUCAUAAAAAAUGUUUUUUCUUCAUUUGUUGAUCAAUUUUAAUUUUGUUUGCUUAAUAUGAUAGCUCGAGGUGGUGAUACAAAAUUUCAACACAGAAUUUUGAAAUUCAUUAAAUAUGCUAAUUUAUUCAUGUAUUUUCAAAACUCCCAAAAAAUUACUUAUUUAUUUGUUAAUUGAUUUUGAUUAUUUUUGUUCCAUCUGAGAGCUACAUGAGGUUCACCAAGGUUCUACACAGAGUUAAGAAAUUUUGACUAGAAAGUUGUUUAUGCUUAAUUUAUAUGAAAUUUAUUCAUAGAUCACAAAAAAUGCUUUUAAGUCAUUUCUUCAUCAAUUUCAAUUCUUUAUCAAUUUAUGUCACCAAUGUAAGUGUCAACUGGGCUGAAAUUAAAAUUGUGUUAAAUUUCGUUGCGAGAUGCCGGAUGAGCUCCACAUCAUUGAUGUGCUAGUUAUGUCAAAUUAUGCCAUUAUGCUUUUGAUCUUAAUUAUUAUGCUUUUGAGGUAGAAUAGGUAUGUACACAUUCGAUAAACAUGUGGUAAUGCACUGGCUAAAUUUACUUGCCUGACUAGGUAAGCUAGUGCUUCACAAAAGUUAUGUACAUGUAACACCCUAUAUUAAUAUUCCUGACAACCAUCAUAGAGGAUUGACAAAACUUGGCUUUUAUGCGCCACAUUUUGCAUCUAGUACCUCCUUAGUCCUAUAGGAAAUUUACAAUCCUUCAUAACACGUAUGAAAUGACUUUUAUAUCAGAAUCAUUACUUUUGAGCUUCUGAAUGACUACAUAUUACUUUUAAGAUUGCAUCUCUGCUUUAUAUAGAUUAUUCUUAGGCCAACUUGGUACUUUUCACCAUUCAAACAUGUUAUCAUGCCUGGCUCACCUCUUGCGUUAUAGGCUUGCAUUCAGCUGAGGAUUACAUGGAGGCAAACAAUAGUAGUAAAAUAAUGGCAACAUGAAACAAGCUAAUACAAGGUCAAUAUGCAGACUAACACAAAAGGCCUUACAUUCUGGCUCGCUAGAUGGAAUUUUGUUCAAAUGUUCUUAACUGAUCGCAACCAAAUCCAUUCAAGCAAAUAAGGGUGGUUAUGAGGAAAUGAGAGUAAGGAUGCGCGAGGAUGAGCAACAACAAGCAAUAGCGGGCGGCUUAUGUAGGCAUUAACUCAGCGUUGGCGAUUGAUUCAUCUCAACUUCCCUCGCUUUAGCUUGCAUCAACUUGCUUUACUGUGCACAACUCUUGUGUGACUGCUCCUUAAUAUUUUGUUGCGAAGUAUUCUGCCUGAGGCCGAGUAUAGAUAAUAUUAGUUAACGUGACAAUGUGCAGCUUGAAAUGCAAACGUGCGAGUCUGGCUUUAACCCUAUCUAGGCCGGGGUAUUUUGGGAGUUCAUAUGGCCGGGGGGGGGGGGGGGGCCUCCCAGGGCCCCCCUUAAGAUCUCGGCUGUUGGCCGCGCGAUUGCGCCAAAAAUUGGCACUCAGGUUGUCUUGGACAUAAUCUACAAAAUUGUAUAGUAAUUUAUUUCAUGCAAAUAGCUAUUAAGUGAUUAUGCUAAUUUAUGCGUAAUUAGUAUGCAAAAUCAUACUUUUCCCUUUAGCUCCCUAAAUAAUGCUCCAAAUGUUCUCAUUUUUGGUUUGGAAACUCUUUUUGGUGUUUCUAGCAAGUGUAAAAAAAAAGAUUGUGAUAUCAGAUCAAUUUCUUAUGUAUUAUAUUGUUUUUUGCAAUUUCUUAUGUAUUUCUUUGUUUUUUGGACCUUUUGUUUUUCAUUGUUUUUUCAAUGAAAUUUGUUUGGGACUCUUCUGAGAUCAUAAACAGCAUAAAAUGAAUACAUUUGGACCAGCAAAACUAAAAAAUAAUCAUACAUUUAUGAUUUUUGGUUGAAAACACAAUUUGCAUUGACUUUGUACAUGAAAUCACGUUUUUAAGCAAUUUUUGGUCUGACAUGCACUUACAUGUUGCAUUAUUUCAGAAUUGCGUACCCGGGUGACGCAAAACUGGUCUCAAAAUUUGCGCAAGACUUGAAAUUAAAAAGUCAGCGAGCGGCGCUGUUAAAAAAUAUCCCGCGGCGAAAAUAUUGCGCGAAUCGUUGAGGGGGGCCUUUGAGGCCCCCCCCCCCCCCCCCCGGCCUGGAUAGGGUUAAAAUAGGUAAUGUUGAUAUCCAAGUAUGGAAAUGAAUUGUCUUUUACUUCCAUUUUCCUUUAAUUCUCCAUUUUUGCUCAACAUUUGUCUGUUUUUCUUCCAGUUAUCUAUUUCCCUCCACCGUCUUUUGGCCAAAAUAUUCCACUCUAUAAUUUGUGUCCUAACAUUUCACUCAAAUUUUUUACAUUGAAGUGGAAUAUAUCACGAUAAUGAAAAUGGAUUCAAUUAUAUGUACUCAUAUUUUUAUCAUGAAUGCAGAAUAUGUGACCGUCUUAUUAUUCAUUAUUAUUUCAUUAAACAUUUGGCUUUAUUCAUUGAAGUCCUUAUGGUCAAAUCUUCCACUCCUGCACAAAUUAUCUCAUGAAUCGCAAGUUUUUUUUCUGGAGGAAUUAAUUGUUUUGUCAUCAAAAUAUUAUGAAAAUAAUUUAGUUUAAAAAGUAAAAUUUCCUGUGCAAAACACUUUAUAUUUCAUCAAAAUCUGAUAACAAAUAAAGAAGUUCUCGAACUUAAAUCAGUUGCAAUCCCAUACUUUUUUCAUUCUUGGUAGACAGAAUUUGAAUAUAUGCAAUUUGACAUGAUGAAAUAUAAAUGAAUAAGUGGGAAUGUGACAUCAGCUUGCUCAUUGCAUGAAGAAGUGCAUGGAACUGUUUUGCUAUUUUUUCCACAAGAUGUCAUCACUUUGUUUUUCCUUGUCCGAUUUGAUGAAAUUUUCAGUGUUUUGUUUGUCUGAUUUACCUACCUGUUAAAAUGUUUUUUUUUCAUUAUGGCAAACCUUUGAUAUGAGCCAUUUUUCUUAUAAAAAUAUAACAAGAUA